GACGUAGCCAAGAUUGGAUGUAGACAUUGGAUUAAGCUCCUUCCCAGCUCUCACACACGUCAGCAUAAUUUCCCACAGCGGUGUGUGGACUGAGACUGGAGCUUUUGUGUCUUGUCUCUCGUUAUGCGUCUCACAGCAGAUGAGUCGGCGCUCCGCUGAACGUGUGGCUUCUAUAAGACUUAGCCGAGGGCAAGGCGCGCGCCCCUGUCAGAUUCCUGCACUAUUAUAAGCAUCCUAUGGUCUUCUGCACAAGAUGGCGGAGCCGAGCACGGAAAAGGACGCGUUAACAACCGAAGAUGAUCAUCUUAACAAUUCGUUAGGAGACGCCGGCUUGAUCUCCCCUGACAAAGAGGAUAUCUCACGAAUCCUGACAGUGCCGUUCAAAGGCCGGAUCAGAGGAGGGAUGAGGCCUGGUAAGAAAAUCAUAAUCAUGGGCAUCGUGGAUGCAGAGCCAGACAGUUUUGACGUCAGUCUUACCUGUAGCUGCAACAAAAAAAAAGGUGAGGAGGAGGUCCCUGAUGUAGCCCUGAAACUUAGUGCCCGAUUUGCUGAAAGGCAGUUCCUGAGGAAUGCAAGGGUUUCUGGGAAUUGGAGUGAAGAGGAGGCAACCAUUCCAUAUUUCCCUUUCAUCCAGGAUCAGCCGUUUAGGAUUGAGAUCCAUUGUGAACACCAGCGCUUUAGGAUCUUUGUUGAUGGACACCAGCUGUUUGACUUUUAUCACAAAGUGAAGUCAUUGCUGGCUAUUGAUAUGAUCAGGAUAGAUGGAAGCCUGCACAUCACCAAGCUAGGUUAAUCCAGCACACCAGCAUGUUCCAGAAAGGACUUGUGACAGGUGACCAAACCCACUUUUGUCUGGUAAUAUUUUUAAAGGUCUGAGAGGUACUGCUCCAUCAAACACAUCAUGACUACCUACAUUCCUUCAGUCUGUUCUUUUGUUUUGUUUUUUGCCCAUAUUCCAUUUUGUAGCUGCACACUAUUAUUUGUUGAGAUGUAACUUGUGAAUCUUUGCAGUAUCAGCUAUGUGUCUCUUUAGGUGUAUAAAACUAAAUAAGCCUAAUGGUGCUGACUGAUUAAGGGACCUUAUGUGUUAAUGCUCUAUAAGGUAUUGCUUGUUCCAAUGGUGUUGGAAGGCUUUCAAAUGCUAAGAAUUUAAUGUAUUACAUAACUCAGUAAUUUUGGUUUUAAUAACAGGCAACAAUGAUUAUAGAUGCUUUUAUGAAUGAGAAUAUUAAUAACUGCUUUUUAUUGCUACUAUUCCUUUUUAUGAGAUAAAUAUCUUGCACUGACUUAAUGUAGAAUGUAGUACAUUGUGGAAUAGUUACAUGUUUUAUUACAAUGAUUGGAAAUGAUAGCAGAAGUUAUUGGUUUACAAAAAGCCAUUGCCAAUCUUAAUGAGCAACCUAUGCCCUCCUAAACAAAAAUCCUACUACAGGAUUUUUGGUCAGAUAUCCCUUUAUGUUUUUUUUUUUUUUAUCCAUUUGUAGAAUAUUGCACAUUUAUCUUUAAAAACCCAUUCAUCCGAUGUUUACAACCUCUUUUAUGGAGCUUAGUGAUAAUGAUAAUAAUGAUUGUAGUUGAAUACAUUUUCCUUGGAAUGUAACAUGAUCCAUGCUGAUAAAUUUGCUAAUAGAGAGAAAGAAGAGGAUAAAGAAGGCUCAGUUAUAAUUUAUUUUGACUAAAAUAUGUUGUUCAAAACCCUCCUGUUAUUCCUUACAAAGCUAAUUUCUGGACUGUAUGGCCAAAUAAUGGUCUUCUCUAUUGUCUCUAUAUUUCUCUGUAUUUAAGAUGUCUUUGUGAUUUCUUGUCUCUUCCUAAAUUUUUUUGUACAAUGUUGGUUUUCCCCUAUAUGGAAGAUCAUAUGCUCACAGAACUGUUUCCUUAUCACCUGCACAAGAAAAUUAUGGUGGUUAUUAUUAGCAACAUUUGGGACUCAUUAAUUAUAUAUUUUAUAUAAUCCUGAGCACUCUAUGAGUUUCAUGUCUUGCAAUGCAGAUGUGCAAAAGGACAGUAUUCAUGUCUCUUUCCAGGUCUGUGUGAGUAUAAAUUCUUUCUGCACUGGAAUUGGAAUUCUCUUUAACUAGGCUUUGUAUUGUCGUUAUUUAAAUGGCUACAGGAAUGUGAAAUACCCACAUGACUUGAGUAAAAGAUGAAAUUAUAAAGGUCUUACUUAACAUUCUUAAAACUGAUUGCCACCCCAAACUAUAUGAAUUUCAACAGGAGAGAACAGAAAAUGCAUCGGCCUCUGAGCUCUCAAAUGAUAUGUUACAUGAUUUGGCCAUUAUCCAACGCCACUUAUAUUGAUUAUAUCCACUUGGAACAUAGUAUUUUUUGGUUCAUUCGCAGGUUUUGCCCUGCAGGUGCUUAAGACUACAUAUUAAAUCAAAGAUGCUGUUUUAAAAACAAAUGUAGCAUUUGCUUAAUUGUUACUCUGACUUUGUUUUAGACACCGUUAAAACAAUAUUUUGCAGAGCUACCAGUCGUUUAGCAAUAUAAAAAUAUAGAUAUUGUUUAGCCUACACUUUUGAAUUUCCAUUUAAUAGCCAUUUAAAUAUCGUUCUUCCAGAAGCAGAUUCUGAUAUAAAGAUUGACAUGUUGUCUCUUUGAUUUGGAAACUGCCUCUAUAACAGAAUAAUAAUGUUUUCUGUUGUUUUAA